CGUCGAGGAGCUCAUGGACAGAACCAUCCCCGCCAGCAUCCGCCUGCGCAGGCCGCUCCGGAUGGAUGACCGCGUGUGUGAAAAUGAAGUCCUUGAAACUCUGCACAGUAUUGCAAGCAAGAACAAGAUAUGGAGGUCCUAUAUUGGCAUGGGUUAUUACAACUGCUCAGUGCCUCAGCCCAUUGCACGGAACCUGCUGGAGAAUGCAGGAUGGGUUACCCAGUAUACUCCUUACCAACCCGAAGUUUCCCAGGGCAGACUGGAGAGCCUGCUAAAUUACCAAACGAUGGUGUGUGACAUCACAGGAAUGGACGUGGCUAAUGCAUCUUUGCUGGAUGAAGGGACAGCAGCUGCAGAAGCCAUGCAAUUGUGUCAUAGGCACAACAAAAGAAGGAAGUUCUAUGUAGAUGCUCGAUGCCACCCUCAAACAAUAGCAGUGGUCCAGACCAGAGCCAAUUAUACGGGUGUUAUUACUGAGCUGAAGUUACCACAUGAGAUGGAUUUCACUGGAAAGGAUGUCAGUGGAGUGUUAUUUCAAUACCCAGAUACUGAAGGGAAGGUGGAAGACUUCUCUGACCUAGUUGAAAGAGCUCAUCAAAAUGGGGCUCUGGCCUGCUGCGCUACGGACCUUCUGGCCCUGUGUAUCCUGCGGCCUCCUGGAGAGUUUGGGGCAGAUGUGGUCCUGGGCAGCUCCCAGCGGUUCGGGGUGCCGCUCUGCUACGGGGGACCCCACGCAGCCUUCUUUGCUGUCAGGGAAAGCCUGGUGAGGAUGAUGCCAGGCCGCAUGGUGGGCGUUACCAGAGAUGCAAAUGGAAAGGAAGUGUAUCGACUUGCUUUGCAAACACGAGAGCAGCAUAUCCGAAGAGACAAAGCUACCAGCAAUAUCUGUACAGCACAGGCUCUUCUUGCUAACAUGGCGGCCAUGUUUGGUGUCUACCACGGUUCUGAGGGAUUAAAGCACAUCGCGAGACGAGUGCAUAACGCUGCUCUCAUCUUGGCUGAAGGUCUCAGGCGAGCUGGUCAUAAACUGCACCAUGAUCUGUUCUUUGAUACGUUGACAAUCACAUGCGGAUGCUCAGUCAAAGAGGUUUUGGACAGGGCGGCUCUUAGAAAGAUAAAUUUUCGGAUUUAUGGUGAUGGCAGACUUGGAGUAUCACUUGAUGAAACUGUAAAUGAGAAAGACUUAGAUGACAUAUUAUGGAUUUUCGGUUGUGAGUCUUCAGCUGAACUAGUUGCUGAGGGCAUGGGCGAGGACACCAAAGGUAUUCUCAGCACCCCAUUUAAGAGAACUUCCAAAUUCUUGACGCAUCAGGUUUUUAACAGCUAUCACUCCGAAACAAAUAUUGUCCGGUACAUGAAAAGAUUGGAAAACAAAGAUAUUUCCCUUGUUCACAGCAUGAUUCCUUUGGGUUCCUGUACAAUGAAGCUCAAUAGUUCAGCUGAACUUACACCUAUCACAUGGAAAGAGUUUGCCAACAUCCACCCUUUUGUGCCUCUGGAUCAAGCUGAAGGAUAUCAGCAGCUUUUCAAGGAUCUGGAGAAGGAUCUGUGUGAAAUUACAGGCUAUGAUGCAAUCUCUUUCCAACCAAACAGUGGAGCCCAAGGAGAAUAUGCAGGUUUGGCUGCAAUCAAGGCUUAUCUGAAUGCAAAAGGAGAACGUAAUAGGACUGUUUGCCUUAUUCCUAAAUCUGCCCAUGGUACAAAUCCAGCAAGCGCACAAAUGGCAGGGAUGAAGAUUCAGCCAAUUGAAGUGGAUAAGAAUGGGAGCAUUGACCUUGCCCAUUUAAAAGCAAUGGUGGACAAACAUAAGGAGAACCUGGCAGCCAUCAUGAUCACCUACCCCUCUACCAACGGUGUGUUCGAAGAGGAGAUCGGAGACGUGUGUGAUCUGAUUCACAAACACGGAGGCCAGGUUUACCUAGAUGGAGCAAACAUGAAUGCCCAGGUGGGACUGUGUCGCCCUGGGGAUUAUGGUUCCGAUGUCUCUCACUUAAACCUUCACAAAACUUUCUGCAUUCCCCAUGGAGGAGGAGGACCUGGAAUGGGACCAAUAGGAGUGAAGAAACAUUUGUCUCCUUACUUGCCUACUCACCCUGUCAUCAGAAUGCAGAUGGAUAAGGAUGCAUGUCCUUUGGGUACUGUCAGUGCUGCACCUUGGGGUUCCAGUGCUAUAUUGCCUAUAUCUUGGGUGUACAUCAAGACAAUGGGAGGAAAGGGUCUUAAACAUGCUUCUGAGAUUGCUAUUUUAAAUGCAAACUACAUGGCAAAGAGGCUAGAGAAGCACUACAAAAUCCUUUUCAGAGGAGUCAAAGGCAAGGUAAAAGCUGGGUUGGUUGUAUUCAAUACUGCAUGGUACCUGAGUCUCUGCCUUCUCCUGAUGCGGUUCCUAAGAAGUAACCCACUGUGCUCAUGUGUGGAGAUAAAAUCACAGUCUGUUUUCAGUGACUGGAUUUCUUUUUUAUCAGGUUUUCAUGCUCCAACCAUGUCCUGGCCAGUGGCAGGAACGCUUAUGAUUGAACCAACAGAGUCAGAAGACAAGGCAGAGCUGGAUAGAUUUUGUGAUGCCAUGAUCAGUAUUCGACAGGAAAUUGCUGAAAUAGAGGAGGGCAGGAUGGACCCCCAAGUUAACCCACUAAAGAUGUCACCACAUACUCUGAACUGUAUCACUGCUUCCAAGUGGGAUCGUCCUUAUUCCAGAGAAGUUGCAGCCUUCCCACUGCCCUUCGUGAAGCCUGAAAGCAAGUUUUGGCCCACGAUCGCUCGCAUUGAUGACAUUUAUGGAGAUCAGCACCUGGUUUGCACCUGCCCACCCGUGGAGGCCUACGAAUCUCCCUUCUCCGAGCAGAAGAGAGCGUCUUCCUAACG